AUGUCACAAUUUUGUAUGGACAUGCAAGAUCAAUCACCCAACCGGCCCGGUAGUCUUACACUACGGUUUGAUAGUACUCCUACUAACUACGCCGAUCUCAAAUCACAUCAACAUUCUCGGAAUUACCCCGCAUUGAAACGCAGUGAAUCCUCAGAUUGUGACAAGGUUAUCGUUCAGCUUCAGACUGACUGCAGUAAUAAUCCCAUGACUCCCACUGCUUUCUUGAACCCGAAGGAUGUUCCCGCCGAUUCCGAGCAAUUUGCAGAGCAACUCACCAAGUCAUUUGACAAGAUAAAGAGUGAACGUGAAGGCCCGCUAGCUGAUGAGCAAUUACAGCACCGUUCAUCUAACGCAUCUCCCCUAGCUACCUUUGCUACGGCAAAUGAACGCUCUACCAAUCCAUCUACACCUACACGAGUCAAUCUGUGCAAUCCUGAUGAUAAUAACGGUGAAUCGGUUUCUCGAAGCUCAAUGUUGAUCGCAGAGACCUAUUCUAUGUUAGGCCAUGGGAUGCGCUCUUCCGAAGCCCCCGUUAUAUCCACAAAUAUAUCUCCCCCUUCUACAACGGGUGACUCUACUUCUCCGGUAUCUCCAGCCCUUGAGAACCCCAGUAAUCGAUUCCCUUCAGUUUCGAAUACAGCUCCUCCGCGUUACGCUUUGCCUCCUUUGAGAACCGGAGGCAACAAUAAUGGCGAUCAUUACUCGUCUCUCGCAAAUAUGAUGGUUGCUGGCUCUACGGAUGAUCCAUCUAACAAUCCCACUCUUGCUGAUCUCACUAACGCCUCUUCUCUCACCGGAAAUCAAUUAGUCAAUACGACUACCGAUGGAUUUGUCUUCCAGCAUUCAACUGACCAAAAUGCUUUGAUGGGGGGUCGAAUGAACACAUUGUUGGACCAGCGUCAUCUAACCAAUCUUGUAUCGUCCAACUACGAUAGUCAUAACUUCGCGCACCAGCAGCGCCACCCCAAUGAUUACCUUUCUGGGAUGCCUAAUUAUCCUGUUCCAGACCAGCAGCCGCAGGAAGGUUUAAUGAUGGGCACUAAACGUCCCCUUCAAAAUCCUCCAAUGCCCUCUUCGGGGACAAAACGCGGUCGCAGAAGGCAUGAGCCCACGAUAGCUGCUGCUCAAGCUCUUAUCAACGCAUCUUCAAGUGGUGGAAUGGGUAAUAGUGGUAGCCAACUCUCUUAUCUCCCCCCUGAUUUGUCCUCUAUAUCUGCUAACGGCCUUAAAAUGGAACAACAGGCUCAACAGCUUCAAACCCCCGUUAAUAACAAUGCCGGUGGACCUUCCAGACGUGGAAAUCAUCCAAUUUCCAUGUCAACAUACGAUUCCACAUCGGAGGCGUCCCUUUCAAAUCUUGAUCCAAGUGUAGAUAAGAUGGAGAAAAAACGGGCGCGAAAUCGACUGGCAGCAAGGAGGUGUCGUGAGAGGAAAAUUAGCAAGAUUCAGAGCCUAGAGACCGAGGUGGCUCAAUUGUCUGCCUUCACAGAGACUCUGCGUGUUCAACUGGUAACAUCACAAAAGGAGGCUGAGCAGUUAAGGAAUUGUGUUGAACAAUUAGCAGAGACAAUUCCUGGCGUAAGGGAGCAACUUGAUACCAUCAUGUUACCCCGUGUCCAGGCUCAACAUCAACAUCCAAUGCAAUCUCAGUGUGUCUCACCUAAUCAAGCUCAUCGUGCCUGA